AGAAUUGAAGUUUCUCUCUGUGGGGCCAGAUCUGAGCGUGUGGGCACUAUAAAACUCCUCCUUUGCCUGGGGAGACCUGGAGGAGAGCAGUCCCUGUUCCAUCCUGUGAGUGCUGAACACGCCAGGGCUCUCCAUCUCCUGCCUCCACUGCCCAGGUACUGGCCCAGGAGGGGAAUGUGGUGACACCUGUGGGACCUCCAGGCAGGAAUAACCAUGCCAGCUUUGGAGCUGGGGAGGCAGAGGAGCUGUGCAGCCCUGCUUGGGUCCCUCCUCACUGCUGCUCUCAUUGUCACUGUCCACAGUGUCUGUCCCCCUCCACCACGAUCUCCAUCAGCAGAGCCCAAGCGGCGGCUGGAGGGCAUCGAGCACUUCCACUAUGGCUACAGGGUUGAGUUUGUCUGCAGGCCAGGCUAUGUGAGAAACACUCGCGUUUCAAACGUCCUCACCUGCGGAGUGAGCGGGGUGUGGCGUGGAUCCAGUGACAUCUGCAUACCCAGGGCGUGCAGCUACCCCGGGGAGCUGGCCAAUGGCAGACUGGUCGUGCCUGAAGCAUUCACCUUUGGUUCCAAAGUGACCUUCACCUGCAACGCUGGGUACAGACUGAUUGGAGACUCUGAGAUUGAAUGUGUGAUCAGAAAUGAGGCUCUUACCUGGGAUAGAGAUAUUCCCACUUGUCAGGCGAUUCCCUGUGAACCCCCUCCAGAAAUAGAGAAUGGGCAGCACAGUGGGAUGGACAAGGACCAUUUUCAGUAUGGGGACUCUGUCACCUACCAGUGCCACAGGCCCAGGAGGGGAGAGAGACCUUUCUCCUUGGUGGGAGAGGCCUCCAUUUUCUGCACAAGCAAGGACAACCUGAACGGUGUGUGGAGCAGCCCAGCUCCAGAAUGCAAAGUGGUGACCUGCAAGCAGCCAAGAGUGAUGAAUGGGAAGCUGCUGAGUGUGUCCCAGCCUGACUACAGCUUUGGGGACACGGUGGUGUUCGACUGCGACCUGCACUACAGCCUGAGCGGCAGCGAGGCCUCCACCUGCAGGGACAACGGCCUCUGGGAGCCCCCCGUGCCCCUCUGCCAGCGCAGCAGCUGUGAUGACCCCCCAGAUGUGAGGAAUGCUGUGAAACCCAGGCUGGCUGGCAACCUGUUCCCUGUGGACACCGUGGUCACCUACGAGUGCCAGCAAGGCCACCAGUUCAGUCCAGGGCAAACCACCUGGAACAUCAGCUGCCUGCAGGACUUCGUGUGGAGUGAAGCCCCACCUCCAUGUGAAAGAAUUCCUUGCCCAGAUCCACACAUCCCAAACGGAAGGCCCUUGCACCCAUGGCAAGUGAAAGAGGAUUAUGAGAGCGGGGACAGGCUGGAGGUGGCGUGCAGUGACGGAUUUGCUUUCAAAGGCCGUGGCAGCAGCAUCACCCUCCUCUGUGGCAGCGAUGGUGAAUGGGAUCCAGCAGUGCCAGAGUGCAUUCCAGAGCCACAUUGCCCAAAGCCAGACAUCCCUCAUGGAAAGGAGGUUUAUAAAGGCAGAAGUGACUAUUCAGUGGGGACCCAGGUGAGGCUGGCCUGUGAGGAGGGCUUUGUCCUCAGGGGCUCUGAAUCCAUCACCUGUGGGGCUGAUCAGAGCUGGGAGCCCGAGGUGCCCUUCUGUGACAAAGCCUGUGGGCCCCCUCCCCAGAUUGCCUUUGGGCAGCACUCUGGCAGAGGUGGCAGGGAGUUCUCUUAUGGCUCCAAGGUGACCUACAGCUGUGCAGAGGGGCUGUCCCUGGUGGGGGAUGAGUCCCUCUACUGCACCUCGGACGAUGGCAAGAGCCUGGCGUGGAGUGGACCUGCCCCGGAGUGCAGGGUGGUUCGGUGCCCCAAGCCCGUGGUGGAGAGGGGAAGGAUGACCCCACAGAUGUUCACCUUUCCCUAUGGGCUGCUCCUGAAUUUCUCCUGUGAGGAAGGCUUCAGGCUGCGUGGUGCUGCCCAGACUCAGUGCCAGGUUGAUGGCACCUGGGAUCCGCCCGUGCCCACCUGCCAGCCAGUUCAGUGCCCCAGCCUCCCCAAGCAGGAUGAUGUGGUGAUCAACUUCAACAAGAUGUGGUAUGAGGUGAAUGAAACUGUGACCUUCUACUGUGAUGGGCACUUAGUGGCACCCUCCAAAACCACCUGCUCAGCUGAUGGCACCUGGACACCACCACCCACGUGUAGGAAAAAUGAGGUGUGUGAGAGGGUGCUUCAAAGCAAAGCAGCUUUUCAGUGUGGAAUGCCUCUGUCAGAACUGAAAACCUGGCUGGAAGUCCAAAAGCUCUUCCUGGAGAUCCAGAAACUUGAAAAGGAGCUAAGACUCACCACCUACGGGAAGGCUCUCAGGGCAGAGGAGCUCUCCUUGCCAGGGCAGCUCCCACCCCUCACCAUGCCAGGGCAGCUCCUGGCAGUGCUGGCUCUGCUGCUGCAGCCCAUGGGGACUCAGGGGGCUCAAUGUCCCAUCCCUACCAUCGCCCACGGGCAGCUGAGCUCUGCAGAGAACUUCACCUUCGGCAGCACAGCCACGCUGCAGUGUGACCCCGGCUUCGUGGGCACUGCCAGCACUGUACACUGCACGUCCAUGGGCAGUUGGUACCCACGGGUGCUCUCUUGCAUCCCAGGGCAGUGUCGCCACCCUCCCUCUGUGGAGUUCGCCGAUUCCCAGCCCCGGCGGGAGUUCCCUGUUGGCACCACGCUGUCCUACUCGUGCAGAACCGGCUUCUCCCCCAUCCCCGGGGUGUCCCCAACCAUCACCUGUCUCCAGAACUUCUCAUGGUCCGCGGUGCCCCGGCUGUGCCAGAAGGUGCAGUGUCCCCGCCCGGCCAUCCCCCACGGGACAGAGAGCAGCCCCAGCAGAGCCGAGUACACCUUUGGGCAGCAGGUGGAGUUCCAGUGUGACCAUGGCUUCAAGCUCCGGGGCGAUGCCAGGGUGCAGUGCUCCUCUGAUGGGAUAUGGAGACCCCCCGUGCCCCACUGUGACAGAGUCUGUGGUCCCCCUCCCAAAAUCACCAACGGGCAGCACUCUGGCAUGUUCACCUGGUUCACCUACGGCUCUGAAGUGAAGUACAGCUGUGCAGAGGGGCUGUCCCUCAUCGGGCACAAAUCCCUCUACUGCACCUCCGAGGAUGGGGAGAACCUGACCUGGAGCGGGCCUGCCCCCGAGUGCAGGGUGGUUCGGUGCCCCAAGCCCGUGGUGGAGAGGGGAAGGAUGACCCCACAGAUGUUCACCUUUCCCUAUGGGCUGCUCCUGCACUUCUCCUGCGAGGAAGGCUUCAGGCUGCGUGGUGCUGCCCAGACUCAGUGCCAGGCUGAUGGCACCUGGGACCCGCCCGUGCCCACCUGCCAGCCAGUCCUGUGUCCAGAACCACGAGUGCCCUUUGCAAAGGUGAAAAGCCCUUUGGGUGAGCAAACGUGGUACCAGACCAACGAGACUGUCACCUUGGAGUGCCUUCCUGGCUACCAGUUCCCAGACAAUGGAAUGAUGGAAAAUGCCUGGACAGCCAAGUGCUUGCCUGAUGGCAGCUGGACACCACUGCCCAAGUGUAUGAAAGAAGGUGAUGCUGAUGUGUGUCAAGAGGUUCAUUACAUUAAAUCGACCUUUGAAUGUGGUGUGCCUGUGGAAAAAGUGAAAAGUCUGCUGGAAAUCCAGAAACUGUUCCUGGAGAUUAAAAAAUUACAGAUGGAGCUAGAGAACUGAAAAGAAACUGGGCCCUUGUAAUGCUCACCUUUCCUUUGGUGAACUCACGGUUUGUGCAGUCCCAGCAUCUCUAAAAAGGUUCUGGGUGAUUUUGUGGUUUAUGUUUGCAUGCCUGGAGCCAGAAAAAUAAU